GCAUGUUUUUAAUUAAUCACCGAGUGAUUGUUAAUCAUUGCCUCGACAUUGAGGACUCAAAGCUGUCAGCAUAUUCCUCGAGGAAGACAGCUGAAACUAUCAGAAGGCAGAAGGACGUGGGGAAAGUGGCGGGACAAACAUCGGUGAGGUCCCAGGAUUUUACUGCUUUAAAAGCGUGGACAUGACAUGCUGAUUUGUCUAAUGCGAGAAACAUGCAGCAGAAGCGUGAAUGCUGGUGACCAAGUUCGCCACGUACGUAGGUCACGUCGAAGGCGACAGUCAUGCAGCUGCAAACAUCAGCGAGGGAAUGAUGGGCACCCUGUCUCGUGAAGACUUGCAGGAUCUUUUCCCAGGCCCAGAGAACUUUUUACGGAGAAAAGCUGUCUGGCGUGCCUGUCAGGAUGUACUGGAGGAAUCUGGCCAAGAUGACUCAAAAUCUUCAAGCAGCUCCUCCAUUAACCCAAGCAACAGACAUCCACUACUGUAAAUGCAACUCCUGCAAAGUGCACAAGCCCUGAAAAGGUUGUAAAGUUAUUCUAUCCAGAAUAUGUAUUGCACACUGACACUGAGCUUGAGCAAGUUCGCCAACAAUACUUUGAGUUGUCAAAGAAAGGUGAAGAGCGCAGCUGCAAAAUGUCAAAGGAGCUCAGAUGUCGGCUCAUCCGAAACACCAUGACUAGUAUGACUGCAAUCCUGAGGGCAAAAGGGGAUGGAGAAUCGCAUAGAUACCCAUCAAAACCAGAAAUUACAGCAAUGGCAAAGAGAAUAGUGCAGUACUACCCUAUGCUACAGGACCAAGGCAUCAAGAAUACAUGGGUUACCGUGUACACACAGCUAAACAAAAGACUGCAAAAUGUGAGAUCCCCCCAAAAAGCCACUCCAGAUGGGAGACAUUCAAAGAGCUCUGCCAAGAGGCGACGUCUUGAUCAGCCAAGUGACGUAGAAGAAAUGGAUUCAAGUGACUCAACAAUCAUUCUGGAUCUGUCCACAGAAGGGAGGAGCAGCCCAGAGUCGGCCAGUAAAACAAGUGAGUUAGAAGGAAAAAGGAAAGCACAAAAUCUACUUGAAGAAGAACCCUCUACCCUGCCAAGUCCUAAGACAAACAAGCAUGCAGAUAUCAACAGUCCAGACACCCACUGUCCAGCAACCUUGGCCAAACACUACAAGACCCUACAAACUUUGUUUAAAAGAAAAAACCCAAACCACCAGGAUGUCUCUCAGCUCCUGGAUUUGGAAUUUUCAGCCAGAAGAGCAUUUAUUGAUUCAAAUACUAUUCGCGAGGAGGACAGACACAAAAAGGUUCUAGAAGCAUAUCCUUGCUUCAAGGACAUUGGACAUGUGAUGGAGGAGCUUCAUCGCAUUUUGGAUAAAGAAAAUGCCAACUUCAUCAAUGAACUGAAGGGAAGAUGGCAAGAUUUCUGCCAGAAGGUGCAGUUUUUUGGUGUAUGGAAAAAGACGCUGAAGCCCCCAAUGGGAAUGGAUAAAGCUGAACAGGCUCUUGAGAUCCUGCGUGUGCUGCCAUCACUGUUCCCAUCCACCUCUGCUCCUCCAAAGAGGGCACGGGAUGCGAGUGAGGCUCUGGUGCAUGUCCUUGAGGACCAAGAAGACCCUAAUACCUAUCUGAUGAAACGUCCUCUCUCCUGCCCAGUCCUGAUUGUGAGUCCGUCCAGCUGCAUCCUAGCGGUAGGAGAUGUGCCAAUAACCACGUUUCCAAAAGACUUGGUUACCGAGGGUGCUUUAUACCUUAUGGCCUACUAUUACACCCUUCACCUUACAUACCCAAAGUGUGUAGCCACUCUGCUUUCCGUCAUACAGACGGAGGUUCUCUUGGACAAAAUCCAUGAGAGAGAUCUCACAUCAUCUUACAAGAAGAGCAUGGCUGAGUGGAAUGCUUUUAUUGGCCAGUAAAGCCAAUAUGGUCAGAUGGACUAUAGGAAAGCACUUCCUCUCUUCUUCCACGGCUACUACAGUCCAUGUUGGUUGUGAUUGAUAUUUGUUUGUAAUUUGGCCAGGUUAGCCCAGUGUUAUAAUUAAGGGUGCACGAUAAUAUUGGCUAACAUGCCGACAUUUUGUGUUUGGUUUGUGCAGUGCAGAGACUGCCUCGCUUUUAGUUAAUUUUAAGAUUUUUUUUUUAUUUUUUUUUUUAAUGUUGAGUUUAGACAGAAGACUAUUCAGAAAAUAGGCUCUACUGUGAAAGAGUAAAUUGACUAAGCUGAAACUGACUAGUUUGGUAUAAAAGUGAGAAUUGCUUUAUUGGGUAUUGGCUAGUACAACUGUAAAAUAUUAGAUAUAGCUGAAAAAUCAAAUAUUGUGCAUCCUUAAUGAUAAUGUUUUGGUAUUGUUUGAAGAAUGUGGUCAAAUGUUCAUGUUAAAAGCACUUUGUAAUAAUAACAAAUGUUACAGGUUGAGGAGUUUUAGCCUAGCAGUGUUUGUCUGUACUUUGCCUGUGCAAUGCACAUAUGUUACAGGUGUAUUUAGUGUUAGAUUGGGCAGGAAAAAAGUCACUGCAAAAUGGCCUUCUUUUAUGUAGUCCCCUCUGUUUAUGGGGUUUUAUCAAUAAAGUUGUUGCUUUUGAAGUC